AUGGGAAGGAGAGCAAAGAAUAAGCAAGGGUUACCACCUACGUAUGAUGAGUUUCAGUCGCUGAAGGAGAAAAAGGAGCACAAGAAGAGAAAAGUUAGUGAAGAUGAUGCAGCAGUCAAAUCCUACAACAAAAAGUCCAAAUCAAGUACAAAGGAUACAAGUGAAGAGUCUUUGAAGAAAUCAAACAAGUCGCAAAAGAAGUCAAAAAGUACACACGCAGACAAAGAGCAAGUAUCGGACGAUGUUGAUUUGCCAGAAGUAGAUUUGGCGGAGUUGGCGUCAGCAAGAAAGUCCUUGUUCGAUGAGUCUGAUGAAGAGGAACAAGAAGAUCUAGAUGAGGAUGAUGAACUCAAUGACGAAUUUGAGGAUGGCGACUUGGCAAAUGCAGAAUCGGAUGAAGAAGAUCGGGUAAAGCAUAUGUUUUCAGAUGACGAUGAGGAUGAGCAAGAUUUGGAUGAUUUAAACGCAGAGAAUAUGGAAGCGUAUUCGAAACAGCUUGAUGAGGAGGAUGAACUUGAAGCGGAGGAAGCAGAAAAGGAAUUGCUCGAGGAAGGGACUGUGCAGCCACGGGCUAAAGUGUUACCAACCGAGGAUGAGGAAGAGCAAAUGGAACAAGGUCCCCAAGAUGUCACCAUGGUGAGAACAAGAAUGCUUGAAAUUGUUAAAGUGUUGGAUAAUUUCAAAAUGCUAGCAGAAGAAGGGAAAUCAAGAACCGAUUAUGUUACAAGAUUGUUGAAGGACAUUUGUGAGUAUUUUGGUUAUUCCGAAUUUCUAGCUGACAAGUUAUUCAAUUUGUUUUCACCUUCCGAGGCUAUUGAAUUUUUUGAAGCUAAUGAAACAGCAAGACCAAUCACUAUAAGAACAAACACUCUCAAAACUAGAAGAAGAGAUUUGGCACAAAGCUUGGUCAAUCGUGGUGUCAAUUUGCAACCAAUUGGUUCGUGGACAAAAGUGGGGUUACAGAUUUUUGACUCGCAAGUACCAAUUGGAGCUACUCCGGAAUACUUGGCAGGACAGUAUAUUCUUCAAGCUGCAUCUUCCUUCUUACCGGUGAUUGCGUUGGACCCUCAAGAAAAUGAGCGUAUCUUGGAUAUGGCAGCUGCGCCGGGAGGAAAAACAACCUAUAUUUCAGCGUUGAUGAAGAACACGGGGUGUGUGUUUGCCAAUGACGCAAAUAAGGCAAGAACCAAGUCGUUGAUUGCAAAUAUUCAUCGUUUGGGAUGCAAAAAUACAAUUGUAUGUAACUACGACGCAAGAGAGUUUCCCAAAGUUAUUGGAGGUUUUGAUAGAAUACUAUUGGAUGCCCCUUGUUCUGGUACCGGUGUUAUUGCCAAAGACGAAAGUGUCAAGGUAAGCAGAACUGAAAAAGAUUUCAUGCAGAUACCUCAUUUGCAAAAGCAGUUAUUGUUGUCUGCUAUUGACUCCGUGGAUGCCAACUCGUCAACGGGUGGUGUCAUUGUUUAUUCCACUUGUUCCGUUGCCGUGGAGGAAAAUGAAGCAGUAGUUGAUUACGCAUUGAGAAAAAGACCAAAUGUCAAGUUGGUUGAGACUGGUUUGGCCAUUGGUAAAGAAGGGUUUACUUCUUAUCGUGGUAAACAUUUCAACCCCAGGUUGAGCAUGACAAGGAGGUACUAUCCGCAUGUAUACAAUGUUGAUGGGUUCUACGUGGCCAAGUUUAAAAAGAUUGCAUCUUCGCCUCACGAUGUCUCCAAGGCAGGAGCAAAGGAGAAGGAAAGUGCUGCAAGGGCCGAGGCAGAAGAGGAAGGUAUCAUUCACGAAGAUUUCGCAGUCUUUGACAAUGAAGAGGACGAGGCUCUUAUCGAAAAGUCAAAGAAGCACAGUUUGAGAAAGAAGGGUAUCAACCCAAGUGCCAAAAAGGUGUAG